CUUAAUCCUCUCUGCACUAUAAGACUACACUGCAUACACACUGAGAUGAUACAUUUUCCCCACUCGAGCAGAGGUGAGAUGGACAAGGCUGUGUUUGGCUACUGGUGAGGCUGAACUAGGAGGACACAGAUGGGAGGUUACAGUGCCCUCUUACAGCUCCCACUUACAGUGGGUGUGGAAGGUAGCUGGGGACUUUAAUGAAAGCAAGAUGAUUCUUAAAGAAAAUGUCUCUGAAUAUCAGCCAAAAUUGAUAAAGAAAAUAAUGCUGACUUUGUGCUGGAUACUAACACUAUUUGUCAGUGGGGUAGAAGUUACAGAGAUUAACUUGCCAGGAUGUUCCCAUGUUGAACCUCAAAUGUGGUAUCGUGCAAUUAAUGGUGAGGAGUUUGUUCUACAAUGUGCUUUACCAGAUAGAGAUGCUACCAACAUUUAUAACAACUCACCUCUAAGUCAACAUGAGGUGAAAUGGUUCUGGCAUCAGAAAGAUAAAGAGACACUGAAGGUUAUCGAGGAAAGCUCAAAUCUGACUUUCCAAGGGGAUGCACUUUGGUUUAAACCGAUAAGGGACAGUGCUUCUGGAGUGUACAUCUGUAGGAUAUGGGGGAAAAUCCCAUGUCUCAAAAUUGUUUUGGAUGUUCAAACAAAGAAGGCAGCAAAAUGUUCAGAUUAUGACACAAAGAUUCUAUAUCUGCUUGCUGGCCGUGGGAAUUCAAUAACCUGUCCUGGGACAAAAUGUUACAGCCACAUAAAAAAGCCAGAUGUGAAAUGGUACAAGGAUGGUCACCAGAUAAAAUACAGGAAAAGCAGACCAAGCCUAAAGCUUAAGCAGAAUGAAAUCUACUUGAAUCCAACCUAUGACAAAGAUGCUGGAAUUUAUGUAUGUGAUUAUACUCUAUCAUCUGACAACAUUACCAAGUGGACAGUGAGAACAGCAGUAACAGUAGAAGUCAUUGCAAAAAACACUAUUCAUCCACCAAACCUUUUGUAUCCCAAUGGUGUUGUGAUCCUUGAAGUAGAAGUUGGCGAGCCACUUGAAUUGGAAUGUCGUGUACAGUUUGGUUUCGAAACAGUUUCUCCAAUGAGGGUAACAUGGAAACGAAACAAUGAAGAGAUUGUAAAUGAGAAAUUGAAUCAGGAAACAACUGUCUAUCCAAAAGGUUUGAAGGGGCACACACUUCUUCACGUUGCAUCUUUGAAGGAAAUUACUGAAAAGGACCUCAGAAGCAGCUUCACAUGCUUUGCUGAGAAUUCAGUGGGGAACGUCACUGCUGUGAUCAGGCUGAAAAGAAAGAAGAGAGUGUUGUUCUUGUAUGUACUAUGCAGUGCCAUUGCUACUAUAUUUGCAUUUGUUUUGUGCACUGCCUUUAUUUACCAGCACUGGAUUGAAAUAGUACUGAUGUAUCGAAGUUGUCUGGUCCACAACAAAAGCACAGAAGAUGGCAAGGAAUUUGAUGCGUUCAUAUCCUAUGCAAAACUAAACCCUUCUGAAACUGACUCUGCUUUAAUUAGCGAGGAAAAAUUUGCCCUGGAGCUUCUUCCAGAUAUGCUAGAAAAUAAAUAUGGAUACAAGUUAUGUAUUCUUGAAAGAGAUAUUCUUCCAGGAGGAGCAUACACAGAUGAAGUUGUAACAGCUAUUAAACACAGCAGACGGGUAAUAAUAAUUUUGAGCCCAGCCUAUGUCAGUGGACCAAGCAUCUUUGAACUGCAGGCAGCAGUGAACUGUGCAUUGGAAGAUAAAGGGAUCAAACUGGUUUUAAUAAAGUUCCAGGAUUUCCAGGAACCAGAGACUUUGCCUCCAGUAGUGAAGAAAGCACUUCGGAUUUUGCCAGUCGUUACCUGGAAGUCUUCCAUUUCUGCUGCUCCACACAAGAAGUUCUGGAAAUACAUGCGCUACCACAUGCCAAUGAAAACUACUAAGAGGCUGGAAAAUUUCAGCCUCAAGGGCUUCUCCCAAAGGUUAUUCAGACUGGUAUAGAUAGGAGAAAUUUCACAGGGGGAUGACAUCAGGCCCAGGAAUGGUAACAUGAUUGUCAAAGACCUCUUUGGCAUCAUCUGACAGCUGUCAACUGUCACUGCAGCCAGCAAUAGCUCACUCUGAAACAGUCAGAAGGACUGAAGUGUGACAGUGCACAGCAAAACUGUGCCCCUGCACACACCUGUAAAUAUGAGCCAUCUUUCAUAAAUUAAUAUUUUAUUACCAUUUUAAUUAUACCAUUUUCUACUAUUUAUUAUUGCUCUGAUUUUGAGACACACAAUGUUCUUUGCACUGCAUUUCUUUCUGGAAUACUUUAACACUUAUUUUGUAGAAAAAGAUCUUAACAAGGGAACUCCAGACGGAGCUUGCAGUUUAAUUUCCUGACAUAGUCCAGUGGAACACACCCAGAUUCUUCAAGUGAGUUACCUCCUCCAGUGGGAACACCAAGAAAAUACCAUGAGAGACUGCUACAGCUGGGUAUGCCAAAGGGAUUCAGAAAAGAAGGACCAUGGCGUAGGCUUACCCCAGGCAUCUCCAUCCUUCCUUCAAUGAGGGGAAGAAUUCAAUUAGUUGUAAAACAGUUCACACUCAGGGACACCUGCACCUGAUCAUUGCUGAUCCUGUCUGAUGCUGGUCACUCAAUGCCCACUGAACCUGUUGGCACUAUGGGUGAGUUGCAGGUAUAAAUCAAAGCCCUGAUUGUCACAACUAGUAGACUUCCAGGGUCUCUAAAUUUUUCCCUUGCAGUCCUCUGGCUGCCAACUCACCGGAGCUCAUACCACUUAUUCUCAAACCAUCUUGCAGUCUGUGUGUAUGUCCGCAGCUGAGUGAAAUUCAAUGGUCACUAUUAAACAAUCUGAGUGCUACCGCCUCUUCUCUGUUGAUCUGCUCACUUCAUUUGGCCUUCAAGUUAACAAAUCCUUGUUUCAUAAUGCUAAUUGAACAUCUCAUGUGUCAGAUUCCUUGUUGGAAAGGGAUUCCAAGAAAUACUACCGUUAACAGGCUCAGUAUACUGGAAAAAAGAACUCUUUUGCAAGCAGGCUGAGCAUUAUCUACCUAACACUGUGUUGGGUUCAAAGUUUUUGUGGGAGAACUGAUGGUGUCGUGAGGCUGACAGAAGAUAGUGCUUCAUGUAGAAGUAGAACAUCAAAGGGCAUCACUGGCUGUACUGUGGAGUUUUAACUUUUUUCUUGUUAAGGUCGGGAUUAAAUGUGUGAGAUGGUACUUUUUGUCUGGAUUCAGAUGUUUAUUAGUUUUUAUUUAUAUUACAGUCUUAUAAACUAUGAGUUUUAUAGUGCUUUAACAAACUAAGAAAUAGAGCCGUAUCUCUCACUUGACAAGGUUUUUUAAGGAUAAACUGUCUAAUUAAGAAUUUAUACUUAAAUUAUUUUUACUUUUAACUUAAUAAUUAACUACUUGUGACUCAUAAUGUGGACUUUUAAAUUUAAUUACACAAUACCACCCAAACUCAUGACGAAGAAGAUGAAGAAGGAUU